CUCUCUCUCUCUCUCUCUCUGUCUUUCUCUCUCUCACACACACACACACGCACGGACACACGCACGCACGGACACACGCACGCACCGAGUGGCCGGUGGAAAAGUUCUCUGCAGCCGCUGAGCCGGUGGAGGCACCAUGGUCGCGUCGCUGCGGAGCUGGGUCGCCAACGAGGGAGGGAAGCACUUUGUCCUGAUCCUGUGGCUGGGGGCGAACACCUGGCUCUUUAUGAAGACCUUCCUGCUGUACUUCACUGGACAGCAGUAUCACUACCUGUACAAGAUGCUGGGGGGAUGUGCAUCAGUAGGGCGUCGGCGUCCGUUCUGAACCUGAACUGUAGCCUGGUGCUGCUGCCCAUGUGUCGCUCCCUGCUCACCUUUGUCCGAGGGACGCACGCGGUAUCGAGCAGAGAGACCCGCAGACUGCUGGACAAGAGCAAGACCUUCCAUGUGGCGUGUGGGGUUUCCAUAUGUAUCUUCUCGGUUGUGCACGUGUCUGCCCACCUGGUGAACGUAGUCAACUUCAGCGUGAGCUACUCAGACGACUUCCCUGCUCUCAAUCUGGCUCGCUACAAAGGAGAGGACCCUAAGCUGAUCAUUCUGACCACAAUCCCAGGAGUCACAGGCCUCUUCUUGGUCCUCAUCCUCUUCCUGAUGUUCACAUCCUCCUCCUACUGCGUACGGUUGUUCAACUAUGAGAUCUUCUGGUACACACACAACCUCUUCAUUGUUUUCUACAUCAUCCUCAUGGUGCACAUGGUCGGAGGAGCCCUGAAGUAUCAGACCAACAUCGAGGCCCACCCUCCCGGCUGCCUCACAGCCAAUCAGAGCAGCACAAGCCAGCGGCGUGAGGAUGAAGAGAGGCGAUGUGGAGAGGAAGCUCACUUCCAGCCACACUACCCCCAGACGUGGCUGUGGGUGUCCGGUCCGCUCUGUCUCUACUGCGCCGAGCGCUUCUACCGCUACAUCCGCAGCAGCGACCCUGUCACCAUAGUGACGGUCAUCAGGCACCCUUGCGAUGUGGUCGAGUUGCGCAUGCUUAAGAAGAAUUUCAAAGCUCGUCCCGGUCAGUAUGUUGUUCUUAACUGUCCAGGUGUCUCUUCAUUUGAGAACCAUCCCUUCACGCUCACUACGUGUCCCACAGAGAAAAAGGAAACCUUUGGCAUCCAUCUUCGAGUUGUGGGAGACUGGACUGAGCGGUUCACACAGAUGUUACUUCCUCAGCCAAGGAUGGAUUUGGAGAUCCUUCCCAUGGUGCAACAGAGGAGAUAUCCCAAGCUUUACAUUGAUGGUCCCUUUGGAAGUCCAUCAGAGGAAGUGUUCAACUACGACGUCAGUGUUUGUGUUGCCGGUGGAAUCGGAGUAACGCCGUUCGCCUGCGUGCUGCAUGCUCUACUGGACGGCUGGACGGGCUUCAGGUUGCAGAGGUUGUACUUUGUGUGGGUCUGCAGGGAGCUCCAGUCCUUCUACUGGUUCUCUGAACUGCUGUGUGCUCUCCAUCACAAGCUUUGGCAGGAAAACAGACCAGACUACUUCAACCUGAAACUUUACGUCAGUCAGAAAGACAAUCUGCAGAGCAUGUCUGAGGAGAAGUACCGUCCACUCACCUCAAGGCUCCUGGUCGGUCGACCCAGGUGGAAGUUACUGUUUGAUGAGAUCGGGAAGACCAACAAGCAUAAGCGAGUCGGGGUUUUCUGCUGUGGACCAAAGGGAAUCUCCAAGACGCUCCACAAACUGUGCAACUCGGCCCGAUCCUCUGGAACAACCUUUGAAUUCAACAAGGAGUCCUUCGGCUGAUCGAACAGCUGCUCCUCACCGAAGAAGAGCAGCAGCUCUGCCGUUUUACAGAGUACGAAACCCCUCAGAAGAAUGUAUAUAGAUAAACUGUAUUAUUAUUUCACACGCAUCACCGCCCGUGGCUACAAAAGGCCCAGCAGGACAAGACCUUAACAUGCAGCUUCAGGCCUGUUCCUCUCUACAGUUACUAGUCUGACCCCACACUCAUUCUCAACCUCUCAACUUCAACAUCUUAGAAAAGCUGAAGUGAAGAGCCCCCUGCUGGGAUUCUCUUAUCAGGAUGCUCUGUGUUUUCUGAAGCUGCUGUUGGAUUCUCUCUUCCCUUCCCCGACGCACCCCUGGAGUAAAUUGUUUUUCUCAUGCUGGUGUAUAAGAAAAAUGUAAGAAAAAUGUCUGCCACAUCCACGACCACCAACACAAGAUAACAAUAUAAAGAAGAUGGUAUUCGUCUUAAGGUGCACCAGGGCUGGAACAUCACAAUGGAACCAACAGUUUUUUUUUUUACAUAUUUAGGAAACAGUUUGCCUAAAUAGCCAGUGUUACGUCCCCUGUUCUGUGUAUAGGUAUGUGUUCUGUUUCGUGUGUGUGUUCGUACAGGUGGUACUGAUCAUCCAUGAUCUCCGUUCAUCUUGGCUCCACCCACUCUCGUUACCCGGUUCAGCUGUUUCCACUCAUCUCCAAUCGCAUCGUGCCCUUCUGUCAGUAUAUGUACCCCUGUGUUUGUUUCACCCGGGGGGGUGUCACUGGUUGUGUGUAUGUGAGUGCUGGUGUAUGGUGGGGUAGUUAUUAGUUCUGGUGAUUUUCUGUACUGUGUAUUCAAUUAAUUGUUUUUUCUUUUGUUCUUUUUCUUACAGGGGAAUGAGGAGUAGUUUAGCC